AUGAACGACAAGAAGGUCAGCUUCGUCAUGAACAACUGUGAGAAGUAUCUGCCCGUUAUCGCCGAUGACGACGACGACACGUCUCAUCUUCUGAAUGCAGAGUCAGAGGCCUCAUCACGACCGUUGCAUACCCUCAGAUCAUCACGAGCUUCAAUGCUCGCCCUCCUCACCAUCUUCUUCGCUUCAUGCGUCAUCUCCUCGCUCUGCGGCCUCAUUGUCGGCCGCCGAUAUCCCUCUGACAGCGGCGCAAUACAUCACGUGUCAAAGUGGUCUCCUGUCGUUGACGGCGUGCCAAUGAGCUUCCACAUAGAGCAGUUCAAUGGCACGUUUGUGCACGAGAACAUCUAUCGGCAAGAUGCCAGCCCGGAAGUGGAUGCGGCUUGGGACGGACUGGGCGUGCGUUUCCGCAACAUCAUCGUCCCUGCCAAGGAUGCCCAUCGCGUCGGCUUUCGGCCACAAGACCACAUGCAGCUGAAUUCGAAGUACGGGGGAGGGUAUCCCGCUUUCAUCGAGGGCUUCCAUCAGCUUCAUUGCUUGAAUCUGCUCCGUCAAGGGCUGUGGUACAACUACGACUACUACCACAGUCAAGGCGACCUUGCUUGGGGUGACCCGGAGGAUGUUCAGAGGUGGCAUGUUUCACACUGUCUCGACUUCCUCCGCCAACACCUAAUGUGCACCAUCGACAUCGGUGUCUUCGCGUCGGUGUGGGUGAACAAGACAGAGCCGAAGCCCUUCGUGGACUUCAAUACGCGGCAUACCUGUCGAGACUUCAAUGCGGUGAGAAAGUGGGCGAGGGAACAUCAAGCGCCCGAGAACCCGCCGGCGGAUUGGAUCUUACCGCCGACGCCGGGGGAUGGGGUGAGGGUGUUGGAUUUGGCACCGUAG